AAUAUGGACCGUACACUACAGGCAUUUAGAUAUUUUGGAUGCUCGUAGGGAUAGCACACUGUGGAUCCUAAGAUUAGACAGGAUAGGCGAUAGACUCUGUAUCACAACCAUUGGAUCUUGGCCUCAUAUUAUAGGUGGUGGGUUUUUUUUUUUUUUUUUUGAAAAGGAGGUGGUGGGUUAUUUCAGAUAUUUCUUAGAAUAUUUAGCAAAGGAUUAGAUUUUUGUGUGUUUUAUGCUGCACCAAGCCAACAAGAACACGAAAAACCGCGCACGCACACGCACACGCACACGCAAACAAAAUAUCGAGGCUAAAAAAUGUUCAAACUUUAGAGGCAGGGAGAGGUUGUAACAUCAUGGGAGAGGUAGUGGUUAGUAGUGAUGAAGAAUUGGAAGUGAAAACAGGAAGUGAAACAGAGGAGGGGAAACAGAGUAAAGAAGAAACAGAGAGUGAGACAGGGGAGGUGAAGAGGAAGAGGAAGAGGAAGAGGAAAGAAGGUGAAGUUUCAAAUAAUGGGUUAGUGAGAUGGGAGAGAUUUUUACCAAGAAUGGUAUUAAGGGUUUUGUUGGUUGAAGCUGAUGACUCAACUAGACAGAUAAUUGCUGCUCUUCUUAGAAAAUGUAGUUAUAAAGUUGCUACUGUUUCUGAUGGCUUAAAGGCAUGGGAGAUACUGAAAGAAAGACCACACAACAUAGACCUCAUAUUGACCGAAGUGGAUUUGCCCUCAGUAUCUGGAUAUGCUCUUCUUACUCUUAUUAUGGAGCACGAGAUUUGCAAAAACAUUCCAGUCAUAAUGAUGUCUUCUCAGGAUUCAAUUAAAACAGUUUAUAAAUGCAUGUUGAGAGGUGCUGCUGACUAUCUUGUUAAGCCUAUUAGGAAGAAUGAACUGAGAAACUUGUGGCAGCAUGUAUGGAGAAAACAAUCUUCCCUUGGUGGAGGAAAUGGCCCUCAUGAUGAAAGUGUUGGACAGGAUAAGAUUGAAGCAACUUCUGAAAAUAAUGCUGCUGGCAAUCAUUCAAGUGGUGAAAUGGCUUCUAUCCAGAGAGGUAAAGAGCAAACAGAGAAAGGGAGUGAUUCUCAGAGCUCUUGUACAAAGCCAGGCUUGGAAGCUGAGGGUGCCCACAUGGAAAACAUGCAGGAAUUCUUGCAGCCAGUAUGGAGCAAAUUUUCAUUGACUGACACAAAUAUGCAGAAGCAUGAAGAGCAUGUGAAUUUCGGUCAGAAAUUGCUUGUGCCUGAUAGUGAAGCUGAAGGUUCAGCUGCAGCUGCCUGUGAAGAUUCUAAUAAAAUUUCAGUGGACAAGGAAAUUACUCAGGGAAGUGGAAGAAUGACAGCUAAUAUUGCCAUCAAGGGCUGUGACAAAACUGGUGCCCUUGCCAACUCUCCUAGAGAAGCCAUUGACUUCAUGGGAGCAUCUACGAAUCACAAUUCUUUCAAUAAUGUCGAAAUCCACUUUGGUUCUUCUCCACAUUUGGAUCUUUCCUUGAGAAGAUCUCAUCCUAGUGGGUUUGAGACUCAAUUUACAGAAGAAAGACACACUCUCCGGCAUUCUAAUGCAUCAGCCUUUACAUGGUACACUAACAGGGCUUUGCAGCUUCCACAUUCAGCACUGGCAAAUACUGGGAAUCAGAAAGAAUUCAGGGCCAAUUGUGAUGAAAAAAUAUCCAGUAAUGUUAAUGGCUACAACUCCGAUGCCUUGAGGCUAGCACCAAGUACUCGAAGAAGUGCUCUCUCUCUUGCUGCUGGUCAAACCAAGGAAUAUGAUAUUGUAACUUCAUCUGCCGGUGAAAAAGUAAUUCCGAUCAACAUUCCUGUGAAAGAUACAAGGUUCAAUAAUCUAUGCAACAGUUAUGGUGCUGUGCUUCCCCCAAUAUUUUAUAAACAAUCAGAUUUAUCACCAAUGAUGAGUCAAAUCUCAGCUAGCCAGAAAGAACCCAUCCAUAAAGUGAACCCAUUUCAAUGUUCCAAUUAUGGGAGCACCUCUGUACAGCUCUGUGAUCGACUUGGUCAAAAUGCAAAUGAUUCCAUCAAUGGUUCUCUACAAAAGCAAGAAAACAAAUUGGAUUCUUUGGAAGGUAGAGAGCAUAUUUCUUCCAACACUGAUCAGAGUGCAAGUAGUGGUUUCUGUAAUGGAACCGCAAGUCACUUUAACAGCAUAGGCUAUGGAAGUGCUUCUGGAAGCUACAGCAAUGCUGAUCAAAUUGCUACUGUCAGGGCUGCUUCUGAGAGCAAAAAUGAAGAAGGUGUUUUCACACAUAACUCAAACUCUCAUCGAUCUAUUCAAAGAGAAGCAGCUCUAACCAAGUUUCGCUUGAAGCGUAAAGAGAGAUGCUAUGAAAAGAAGGUUCGGUAUGAGAGCAGGAAAAAACUUGCUGAGCAGCGUCCUAGGGUAAAAGGACAAUUUGUACGUCAAGUGCAUAUUGAUCUUUCACCUGCUGAAACUGACCAGUAGAGUGGAAGUUCAAGUGAUAGUAGGAUACUGUAAUUACAGUCAAUUAGAGUGGAUUCUGUGAUAACUUAGACUUAAAUUACCCGGCACUGCCUAUUGCUUUGUGAAGUCUAGAGGGAACAAUUUGUAAAGAGUAUGAAGAUGUUCCCGACAUCACAUUCAUGCUGAGCUGAUUUCUGGAUAUGACAGCUUAGUUUUCUAUUUCUCACGUUUUUCUUCCUCAAAUUUUGCGAGGCACAUCUUAUCUUAAUUCUUUA